AUGGCACUGAAGGUGAAGAAGGAAGCCCUGGGCCCUCCCAAAGCCAAAACCAAAGCAAAGACUUUGAAGGCCAAAAAAGGGAUGCUGAAAGGCGUCCACAGUCACAAAAACCAGAAGAUCCGCACGUCACCUUGCACCCCAAGGAGAAAAAAGCUUGACCACUAUGCCAUCAUCAAGCCCCCCCCCCACCCGACUACCAAGUCAGCCAAGGAGAAAAUAGAAGACAACACACUUGUGUUCAUUGUGGAUGUCAAGACCAACAAGCACCAGAUCACACAGACUGUGAAGCUCUAUGACCCUGAUGUGGCCAAGGUCAACAUCCUGAUCAGGCCCGAUGGAGAGAAGAAGAUAUAUGUUCAACUGGCUGCUGACUAUGAUGCUUUGGCUGUUGCCAACAAAAUUGGGAUCAUCUAA